ACUGCUCAAAGCCCAAUUCAGUUCCCUUACUGCCGCGUCAUUACUAUUAUUACUUGGUUUUGAGAGCUGUGCCUAGAUCUUGUGUUCCCUGCUCUGCUACUAUAUACUUCCUCAGCCUUUCUGUGGCACAUAUGAAGCAAUCUGCUCAAAGUUUCUUAGCUCUGUUUCCUCUGUUCUCUCCAUUUUCCUUUCUCAUUUUAUUCAUCCUUCCUUCUCUGUAUCUUGAGAUUUCUAGAAUGUCCAAAACCAUGUUUAUGGGUUUGAAGUCUUACCUUUGCCUCUCUUGAAUCUGUUCUUUAUCUUAUUUUGGCUCCUUCACUGCGAAAGCCCACUGCUCUAUAUUAAAAUCCCAUCAUUUUCAACAUGUUCAUCAUCUCCAUUUGAGCCAACCUUCAGAAACCAGAAGGUGUUUCCUGCUUCUUUCUUUAGGGCGAGGGACUCAACUCGAACUUAGCCAUGAGGGUUUUUACUGGGAUCCCGAGCAAUCAUUUCACUUUGGCUGUUUGCAUUUUGUCCCUGGGUGUUUUUUGCUACGGACAAGCAGAGUAUGAUGCAGCUCAAAUGGAGAAAGCCGAGCAAGCAGCUCUGUACUCUGCCAUUCAAGGUUUUGUGGGUAAUUGGUGGAAUGGCUCGGAUCUCUAUCCAGAUCCUUGUGGCUGGACUCCCAUUCAGGGGGUUUCCUGUGAUAUUUUUGAUGGGUUUUGGUAUGUCACUGAUUUGAGCAUUGGACCUGUUCAUGAUAACUCUCUUGAAUGUGCGACUAAAGUGGAGUUUAGGCCACAGUUGUUUGAGCUAAAGCACCUGAAGUCUCUCACUCUUUUCAAUUGCUUCACCUCUCCCCGGAGAACUCCAGUAUCCAUCCCCUCCGGCAACUGGGAAAAACUAUCUGGCAGCCUGGAAUCAUUGGAGUUCAGAUCAAACCCGGGUUUGCUGGGACAAGUUCCUACUAGCUUUGGUUACCUCACCAAGCUUCAAUCUCUAGUCCUACUUGAGAAUGGGUUAACAGGGGAGAUACCGGAAAAUAUUGGCAACUUGACUAACUUAAAGCGGCUAGUCCUGGCCGGUAACUGGUUUUCCGGUCAAGUUCCAGGUAGUCUUGGAAUGUUAACAGAGCUGUUGAUCUUGGAUUUGAGCAGAAAUUCACUUUCUGGGCCCCUGCCUGUGACUUUAGGAGGGAUGAGUUCACUCUUGAAGCUUGAUUUAAGUAAUAAUCAACUACAAGGAAAGCUGCCUGAAGAGAUAGGGAAUCUAAAGAAUCUGACCCUUUUGGAUUUGAGAUACAACAUGUUUUCAGGUGGGUUGACACAGACUCUUCAAGAAAUGCAUUCUCUGGAGGAAUUGGUGCUAUCCAACAACCCAUUAGGAGGGAACCUAAUGAGCCUGGAUUGGAACAGGCUACAGAAUUUGGUUAUUCUGGAUGUCUCCAAUGUGGGCGUAACAGGUGAAGUCCCUGAAUCCAUUGUUGGGUUAACCAAACUGAGGUUUUUGGGUCUAAGUAACAACAGUCUCACAGGCAAUCUAUCACCGAAGCUGGCGUCUUUGGCUAGUAUCAGUGCUCUUUAUCUGAAUGGAAAUAAUCUGACAGGAGAACUUAAAUUCCCCGGGGACUUUUAUGGGAAAAUGGGGAGUCGUUUUGGGGCUUGGAACAAUCCAAAUCUCUGCUACCCUGUUUCCUUAAUGACAAGUAGUCAUGCUCCAUAUGGUGUCAAGCCAUGCCAAGAAGAAGUAACUUUGCUUGAACCAAAUUCCAGAACCAAGUUGGGUGAUGAUGGGAAUUUGAAUCAGAAUUCCCAUUUUAUGGUCUCUUUGGGAUUCUCGAACUGUGAUCUCAUAGGGCUUUGGUGGGUUUUCUUGGUAGACACGUUGGUGAUGGUACAGCUCUUGAAUCUCCUCCAAUAGGUACUUGUUGUAAAGACAAGAUUAGAUGUAACAGCUGUAAUUUCUCCAUCUCUAUCUUUACUUCUAAGUUCUAAUCUCCAACAUCUUUUGUUGUUCGAUAUUAAUCUUUCAUAUCAAAUGGGUGUCUGAAUUGGUAAAAAAUUUAGAUUUUUAAA